CUGGCGGGCGGCACCAGUCGCGCCCUCGCUCGUGUGCUCGGCGAGAUUUACAAACACCCGCUCAAAGUGUUCCGGCCCGGCCUCGACUCGACCGAAGUCCUCCGCUUGCGAGCCAUCCAUGAUCUCAGAAAACUACACAAUAUUGCCAACCCAGACCACCAGUUUACAAGAACUCAAGUCUACUCCCAAAUGUGGCGGAGCGAAUCGCUGCGAAGCUACAUGCAUUUCCUGAUUCCGCCCAUUCUCAUCAACGCGAUGCUUGGGAGCGUGGUCUUCUUCACCUACACGGAGGCUCGGUCUGCUCUCGAUGCUCGCUGGCUUGAUCAGAUUGCCAAGGCGGCGCGGCAGGCAGAUGCCGAACCCAACUCUGCGCUGCAUGCUCGCCUGCACCCCUACGCGUCAACGCCCACGACGAAGCGCUUUGACUUCAACCUCACUGUCGGCGGGCUGCACGCAAUGCAGGCGGGAGCUCUUGCCGGUGCCGUCAACGCCAUCAUCGCCAAUCCGAUUGACUCGACCCAUUGGUUCUACCUGCGCCGCGUCUCGGCAGAGAUGAGUGCUGCGUUGGCCUAUCGGAAUGUCGCGUCUGCAACGCCCAUCCACCACUUUGCACAGUCGUCGCUUGUUUCCGAGCAGUCUGCGGCAUUGGACAACAAGGCAAUAAGCCAACCCGUGUCGCACAGCCCGAGCGCACGGCCACUGGCACCGACUCUGCAUGCCAGGAUGGGGCUUUGGUCAUCGCUGCUUGAGGUGUAUCGGCAAAGCGGCGUCCUCGGGCUGUACAGCGGGCUGACAAUCGGACUGGUUCGUGGCAUCCUAGGGUAUGGCGUCUUUUUCCAAGUGUACGAGCAGACGCUGACGCUGCUCCAAGGGAAUAUCGCCUUUCGUGUCUCUCGCGCCUUCCAGCAACGCAACUUUGAAGAGCUGUUCGAAACACUCGAGCUCGACACGAAAACAUCACAUUCUUCGCGACCACACCACCACUACCACCACCACCACUACAUGGCGGUGAUACUGGCUGGAAGCCUUGCCGGAGCCGGUUACCAGGCCGUUGCACAUCCUCUCGGCGCUUUAAAACACGAAACCCUUGCGCACACAAUAGCGGCAGGGCGCCGUGUCACCUUUGCCGCGAUGCAGAUCGCAGCCCGCCAGCUUGGUUGGUCUGGCAUGACGGCUGGCUUUACGUCCUCGCUGUAUCGAGCGGUGCCGUCUUCUGUCAUUGGUUUGCUCAUCUAUGAAGCAUUGCGAGACGAUCCCACCGCCGUUUCGAGCUCGCUUUAA